GACUGGACACUUAAGUUUUCCAACCAGGUUUCAGGAGGCUGGGUCCCCAAAAUGGGGCUAGGGCUGGUCUCACGAGUCCCUGAGUGGACAGGGAAGCGUUAGGGACAUGAACUCCUGGGUCUUUCCCCACCUAGAGUAGCUCCUCCUUAAAUACCAAAAUGAUGUGGCCCUACCUUCAGGAAACCCACAGCAGUAAAAGAUACAGAGAGAGAUGGACAGACCAACAGACAGAGAGAUGGAUGGACCUGCGGUGGAAGGAGAAAUGACCAGCCAGCCAGAUGGGCAGAAGGAACCACCGAGACCCCCGUCUCCCCCGUUUCCCCCACGGGCUCCCUCGCCCCCGCCGCCGCUGUCUCCUGGCUCUAUCCUCGGAGUGCCCCUUUCGCCAGGGCCAUCGGAACAAGGUGCCCGCCAGCUGCUGCUGGACGAGUGGGGGACAUCCGGAGCGGAACUGAACCUGCCGGAGGGCCUCAGCUGGAAACUUCUCUACGUGCGGAGACCACUCUAUCGCAACCUGCUGCGGUCACCGAACCCCGAGGGCAUCAACAUCUAUGAACCACCACCCCCUUGUGGCCCUGCUCGGCCCCUGGAGACUCUGGGUAACUUUAGCGGAUGGCAAAUCAGCACUGAGAAACUGCUCCCCAACUUCAGCUGGACAGUGAAGCAACAGUGUGUGGACCUUCUGGCUGAAGGCCUGUGGGAAGAACUGCUGGAUGACGAGCAGCCAGCCAUCACCGUCAUGGACUGGUUUGAGGACAGCCGCCUGGACGUGUGUGUGUAUGAGCUCCAUGUCUGGCUCCUAGCUGCUGACAGACGGACUGUCCUCCGGCAGUACCACGCUGCUCCUCGACCCUCUCCGCGGGACCCAGGUGGACGGUGGUGCCAGGUGUCUCACGUAUUCAAACACUAUGGCCCCGGAGUACGAUUCAUUCACUUCUUGCACAAAGCAAAGAACCGUCUGGGCUCCGAUGGGUUCCGGAGAACUCGGGUGACUGACUCCUCAGUGUCCCUACAGCUACGGAAUUAACCUGUCUUCUACCCCCUGCCACAUCUCUCCCCUAGUGACCCCAUCCCUCAUUCAUAUAUACAAGGAACCUUCUGGUGACCUCCCCUCACUUUCCUUGAAGGAUUUCUUCUUUAUUUUAGUCAGGACAUGUGAUAUAGUCAGGGUAGGGAAUUCUCCUUGUGGACACUCCCUCUGCCUAUGUUGCCAGACAUCUUGUGUGUAAUGUAUUAUCUGGGAGUUGCCUGAGACACUGAAAGGUUGACUUACCUGGGGUCACACAGCCCAUAUGUAUCAGUUAGAACUUGACUCUAAGACUGGCCCUCCACCCACUGGGCCACACUUCCUUAACUCCUGCUUCCCCCAUGAAGGAUACCUCCCCCCCAAAUAUAUUGCUGAACAUCCUCAUCUUAGCCCCGAUAUUUUCCCAGGAAACCAACAUCAGUCCAUCCCAAAUAUCUCCCACCAAGGACCUCUCAUCUCCCCCUAAAAUCUCUAGGAAUCACUCAAAUCUCUUCCCUAGGGAUUUAUCUCUCCCAAACAUAGCCUAGGAGUUCCAAAAUAUAUUCUCAAAUAUAUCCUGGGGACACUGCCUUUUCUCCCCUAAGCCCCUAAAUGCCCCCCUCAAAAAGCCAUCUUCUCCAAAAGAGUAUCCCCUCAAGGAUCCCCGCAUGACCCCCAAAUGCUAAGGAAUGCUUUAUUUUAAAAAAAAAAAAUAUCCACAUGGGGCAGCUAAGUGA